AUGAAGACAUUCAGAUAUUGUUUUAAAUACUUCCUACAGCAGAAAAUUUUCAUACUGUUUUUAACCCUAUGGUUGCUCUCCUUGUUGAAGAUUCUCAAUGUUGGAAGAUUGCUCUUAUCUCAAAAGGACAUUUACUUGGUAGAACAUUCUCUAAGUACCUCACCUUUUGUAAGAAACAGAUACCCCCAAAUGAAGAAUGAAGCCAGGUAUGAAGUCAACUGUUCUGGUGUUUAUGAAGAGGAGCCUUUGGAAAUUGGCAAAAGUCUGGAAAUCAGAAGAAGAAAUAUCAUUGACUUGGAUGAUGAUGAUGUUGUGACUCUGACCAGUGAUUGUGACAUAUAUCAGGCUCUAAGAAAUUACCAUCAGAAGCUUGUUUCAAAGGAGGAGGAGAAAUUCCCAAUAGCCUAUUCUCUGGUUGUUCACAAAAAUGCAAUUAUGGUGGAAAGGCUAAUCCAUGCCAUAUACAACCAGCAUAAUAUUUACUGCAUCCAUUAUGAUCGCAAGUCACCUGAUGCCUUCAAACUUGCCAUGAACAACUUAGCUAAUUGCUUCACCAAUGUUUUUAUUGCUUCAAAAAUAGAGACUGUGCAAUACGCACACAUUUCCAGGCUCCAGGCUGAUCUAAAUUGCUUGUCAGACCUCCUUAAGUCUUCAGUUCAAUGGAAAUAUGUCAUCAAUCUGUGUGGGCAAGAUUUUCCUUUGAAGUCAAACUUUGAAUUAGUGUCAGAAUUGAAGAAACUCAAUGGAGCAAAUAUGUUAGAGACAGUGACACCCCCUAGAAAUAAAAUUCAGAGAUUCAAGUAUCACCAUGAACUCAGACAGGCACCCAAUGGACAUGAAAAGCAAGUGGUAAGGACAAACACCUCCAAGAAAGACCCUCCUCAUAACAUUGAGAUAUUUGUUGGUAGUGCUUAUUUUGUUUUAAGUAGAGCGUUUGUUAAGUAUAUUUUCAACAGCUCCCUUGUUAAAGACUUUUUUGCCUGGUCUGAAGAUACAUACUCACCUGAUGAGCAUUUUUGGGCUACCUUAGUUCGGCUACCAGGAAUACCUGGAGAGAUUUCUAGGUCAGCUGAGGAUGUGUCUGACUUAAAGAGUAAAACUCGCAUUGUCAAAUGGAAUUAUAAUGAAGGCUUUUUCUAUCCCAAAUGUACUGGUUCUCACCUCCGGAGUGUGUGUAUCUAUGGGACAGCAGAAUUGAGGUGGCUUAUAAAAGAUGGACAUUGGUUUGCCAAUAAAUUUGAUUCUAAGGUGGACCCCAUCUUGAUUAAAUGUUUGUCAGAAAAGCUCGAAGAACAACAGAGAGAGUGGAUCGCUAUGUCUUCAGAAAUGUUAUUUAUGGAUAAAACUCCCACUAUCACACCGUUACGUUAA